ACAUUAGUGGAUUUUAAUUGUGUUUAUUAAAGACAAAACUGUGCGUCUAAAAUUAAUAACAUAUUGAGUUUAACUAAUUAAUUUGGAAUAUACUUGAUUAUUAAAAGUGGACCAAUUUGAUAAAUUGAACCUAAUUAAUUGACCACAUCCAAUUAUUUAUGCACGUGGAUUCAUUGUUUAGUGUCUAUUAUUAUUAUUAAAUUUAUUAUCAUUAUCUUGUUGAUCUAUAAAAGUGUUUAUAAAAAAGAAAACCAAGAUCCAAGCGAUAAACUUGAAAAAUUUCUAUCAUUUAUAAAUCAUUUUAUUAGAGAGUUAUAUGAUAGCAACAGAAGCAUUUUUUUAUUAUCUGUGCAUCAAAGUGCGAAGUAAACACAUUUAAGUGCUGAAACAGUAAAAAAAAUUACAACUAUAAAUGGUUAAAUUACUUGUAAAAAUUUAUUUUUGAAUGAAAUUAAAAUUUGCUCUAUAAAUCAAAACUUUUAUGUUAAAAUGAGUAUAAAAUAGAACGUGUUGAUGUGAAGCAAAUUUGAUAAACAAAGAUUUACUAUAGUGAAUUUUUUAAGUGUACAGUUUUAUUAAUAUUUUGGUGUUUAAAGUGAUUUCGAAUCAAUUUUUGCAAAAAUGGAUCCAGGCUUAGAAUGUUAUUCCGGAGGAAUAAUUUUUAAGACGGUUUUGAUAACUGCAGCAGUUUUGGCAGUUUUGGAAAUUGCUGCAUAUUUCUUUUAUACUAAAUAUUGGAAGAAAAGACGAGGUCAACGAUUAGUUCCAAAUGACAAAGAAGCUCAAAAAGAUGACUACGCCUUCGACAAUCCAGGAUUUCAUGGUGAACAAAAUGCAACACCAACGAAGGAGCACAAGAACAAAUCGCUUCUGGAGACGAAAUGGUUGCCCAUAGGAACCCUCCUAAAACAGGACAAACGUCGAACUGUAGACGACAGUGGACCCGUGGAUUAUCCGGUUCGGGUCGUUCCAUUGAAAGGACGUGAUUUUACAGGCUUGGGUUUCGACAUAAGAGGCGGCCUCAGGGAUGGAAUAUACGUCGACUAUUUACGGCAAUCCGGCCCUGCUCACCAGAGUGGAAAAAUACAACCAGGUGACAAACUACGUUCCAUCCGUAUCGAUUUCGACCACAUGGCCCUUCAGGAUGCUCUCAGCAUUUUAGGAGCUGCAGCCCCUUAUGAUGUCCUUUUGGAAGUCCAACAGCAGCAUCCGUUACAAAGACAGGCCUCCGGAGAAUCUCCCGGAAAUCUUCGUGCCGGAAGAUCGAGCGGAGGAAGACCGGAACAUCCUUUGUACCGAGCAUACAGCAGCGGCGAUGUAAAUAAGGUCGGAACGCUGAAGAAGAAUGGAUCCGAAAACAGUUAUGAUGACACUUCUGCGCCAAAAUCUAUGACCAACUCAAAAUCAACAAUGGAACGCAAUGGAAAUGCAGUAUAUGCUGUGGAAAACGAGAAGAAGCAAACACAUGCAAGUUCCGUAUCGACAAAACCAGAAGUCUCCAAACGCCAAAACGUAGAAGAUGAUAAAACCCAAAAAGAUUUGGAGAACGACAACAAAAAAGGAUUCAAAUUUGGUGUACGAGUUCUACCACCAAAUGUUAACGACAAACUAUUUUCUACUAAUAAAUCAGCUAAAACUGAAACAGAUUCUGGUAAGGUCCAAGAUAAUGGGCCUGCGCCAGUUGUUAAAAGACGCAACAAGGAGUACAAGGAACCUCCUGCUACUAUAAAUAAUAAUACAGUGCCCGUGCAAGAGACUGUAGAAGGCUUUGUUCGUGAUGGCAGUAUCAACUCAAGUGGCAUAAAACGAGACAAAGCUGGAAUUCCCCAAGAAAUACCUCAGCACAUGCUGCAAGCAGCAAUUGCUGCCAGAACCAAUCGCAAAAGUUCCGGAGACAAUCUCAAAGAUCCUUCAACUGAUACAAGCAACACACCAGAGCCUUACGAGUCAGAGAUGAACUUGAAAGACUUGAGAGAACAAUUCAUGAGCGGACAAAGUACUUUUAAACCCCAAGAUCCAGACAAGGAUAAAAUUAAAGCUGGUGAUGUGCACGUUAAAACAUCUGACGACGAAAAUACUAUUAAGUCUGUCAAGAAGUCCAAAGGAAAAGCUCCACUUCCACCAGAUGCUCAGAAAAAAAUGGAAGUCAAGCACGUUCUUGAAUUCAAAAACGUUAAUCAUACCGAUACUGAUAUGGAUAUAUCAACGGAAACCAUGAACACCAAUUUGAGCAUUGAUGUCACUGACAAUACCCAUGAUGAUGAUACUACUGUGCACCAGGUUCUGGACCUUGACCUAAUUGAAAACGUUCCCGAAACUAAAAUUUUGAAAGCAAAUCAAUGUGAUGAUAGCAUAAUUUUAAGCGAUCGUCCAUCCAACAGUUCGACUCCUAAAAGCACUAAAAAAGAGAUACCACAAAUUGAUAACAGCGAAAUAAAUAUCAACGGUAAGGAUGAUUUAUCAGAUUCUGAUACAGAAAUGCAAGACGAAUCCAAAAGUGGAACUACUAUUGAAUUGAACUCCAGUCACAUAACUAUACACCAUCAAGAUAUGGACAAUGAAACACGUAAAACAGCUUCUUUGGGUGAUUUAUCACGCUUAAACAACAUUUCUCAAAAAAUGACUACUACUAAUGGUACUUUGGAAAGAGCUCAAAGUUUGGACAUAUCUGACCAGAACGAGCAAGUUUUAACUCCUAAAAAACGCAAGGCUCAAAAUGGUCCUCAAGAGUUUUACGCUGAAAAUUUGGAGGAGCACAAUAGUAAAGAACCAAAACUGAUGACCAAUUUGGUGAUGGAUGCUCCAAAUAGCUUCCAGCAAGUAAACAGGUUGAAGAAAUCUACUGAAUGGGGUAACUUGGAAGACAUAUCACAAAUUAGUACGCCACCAAGCACUCCAAGUGAUGCUGAUAUUGUGGUUCAAAAAACUGAAAUGGUAUACACUUCAAACACACCAGAUAUUUCAAAAUUCCAGUUCCGUUUCAGUGAUACGCCACCGUUUGUUUUGAACCAAAAAAAUAACGUUGAUGAUGAAAAUUUGCAAAUGUACGGAACUAAUGUAUCCGAUGAUAUAAAAGUAUCCAGGCAUUCAUUUAACAGCUUGGAGAGACCAAGAUCAGAAGUUUUUACUAUGGUAUCAAACUUCAACACUGACAACUCACAAGUGAAUCAAAUUGAUGAAGUUAAAUACUCCCAACCAGUAAGUUUGACUUAUAUCCAAGACACACCAGUAUUUGAAGUAAAUGCGCAUUCAAAUUCACCAACUUUCACAUCCGAUGUGAAAGGAGUGAAUAGCAUCAAUAUUAUUUCAAAGGAAAAUGAGAAAGUUGAGCAUGAAAAUCAAAAUAAUGAAAACAUCAUGACUAUUGUAACAACGGAUAGUCAGCCGUCGUCGAUUAUUUGUAUUGAAUCAGAGCCCAACAGUUUGAGCAAAAUCAAUUUUAACGAAAUAAACGAUACAGCUGAUUUGUUACUAAAAACAGUUGGUGUCAAUGUUGAGACAAAUUGUGUCAAUACGGAAACAAAUGAUGUAGAAAUGGCCAGCAGCCCCAAGGAAGAUCCUCCAGUAAAUGGAAAUCACAAAACAUACAUUACUGAAAUAGAAGUAAUCACGCCAAACAAGGAGGAAGUAGUGAAAAAAGUUGAAAAAAUGGAGCAGCAAAUAAUCAACCACUCACCAAAGUCAGUAAUUUACGAAUUCAAAAGCAUCAACAACUCCAACGCAGAUUUAGACAUCUUCGAACUCAAGUCAAGUGAAACGGAUAAAGAGGAGGAUAUAAAACCAAAAUUUGAGUAUGCAAAAAAUGCUGAAAUAAAAUUCUCAACAUCUACUUAUGAGCAACCGAAAACCGAAAAACGUUUAUCCCAAAUUGAAUUUCUGAGGUCAAAUUUUGAGAAAAACGCUGAACUAUUCAAAUCAAACAUCCCUAAACCAACAACUUCACCCACGAAAACUAAUACAAGUCCUUCGAAGAUUCCAGUUUUUAACUCCACAAAAGCAACAGAAGUAUCCAAAAUUCCUGGAAAACAGACCGUGAGUGUCACAUCAAUCAAAUCGAGUUCUAGGAAUCCGAGUGGAAAGUAAUUUAUAGUCAUAUAUUUAUAUAUUGUUGUCAGUCAAGAUUCUUUUUAUAGGAGUUUUAAGUCAACGUCUGUUAAACA